AUGCCGCGUCCGCAUUUAUCAAGUGGUAAAAAGGAUUUAUCAACAGGUACCGAAAGCAAUAAGCGUCAGCUAGAAAUCACAUCUAACCCAUUUUUAGAAGAUAUUGGCAAUAAAAAUAAUCAGCUCUUUCUACUACGUUUGCCAGCUAAAUUAGAGGUGAAGAACUUACUUAAUCACAAGAUGAGCAUUAACGAAUGUUGUACCCUGAAAGUAAAGAUGCAGAAAGAGACCGUGAAGUUUCAUCUACAAAUUCGACCUUAUUCAGCUGCUAACAUUAACCGUAUCAGUAUCCUGUUACCAUCCCGUACGAGCACAAGACUUAGAAAAGCCGUGGCUUUUACUGGUACAGUCAACGUUGCAAGAUCAUUAAAAAUCCCUUCAUGUAGAGUUGCUCUUACACAGAAGAUUGGGAAUGAAUAUAAGUCCAGUAAUUAUAAUUGACAUAUCAUUCUAAUACUAACGAGAGACACUGCCGUGACUUAUUAAUCUAACUGAGUGCUCUUAGUAGCAAUAGCUACACUGCCAUUAAAAAGGAUUUUUCUG